GAAACGACCACGAAUCGGAAUGGGAUUUUUUCGACCACGAAGUAAUAGACAGGAAUGGAGGAGAGUGGGAAAUUUUACGCUGGCGGGGAAUGCGUCAAGCACUAGAUUAGAGUGAAGAGUGCACAUUGGGCAUCCUUAGUCAGUGCUUUAGAGGCCACGAAGCAAUUCCUAGGAUAGACGAACGACGACGCUCUCGCGACCGACGCGCUGCGGCACACGACGACGUUUCUACAAUACGCUGAACACGCGCUUAAAGCAAAGUGUGUGCAGUGAAGUGAGGUGCUACGAAAUAUACCUUCAAAUAGAGCCCCUUUUCUAAAAAAGGCCGAUUUCAUGUCAUCAUUAUCGAAAUAAAAAAGAUAUAGCAUGGGAGUGGCAGAGGAUUUCGCUCCCAGCUUCACCCAAAAGCCUCAGCUGAGGCAGGAGGACGAUGGUAACAAGCUCAUAUUCGAAUGCCAGCUACUGGCGGCGCCGAAACCCGAAAUCGAAUGGUUUCGCAGCGAUGUUCCUUUAACCGAAGAUAGCAGAACAAAUUUCAAAAUCCAAUCGAUAGGCACGAACAAAUUCUUAGUUGUACUCGAAUUAGAUGAUGUCAUUGAAACCGACGCCGGCCUUUACAAGGUCAAAGCGAAGAACACCAUGGGGGAGGUUGCCGCUUCCAUCAAUCUCAACUUCAGCCCCAUGGACGAACCGAAGGAAAAACAAAUAGAUGGUCUUGCACCUACUUUCGCGAAAAAACCAGCAAUUCGUCAAGAAGAUGAUGGUAAAAAACUACUUUUCGAAUGUCGCAUACAGGCCGAUCCACGACCAACGGUCAGCUGGUCUCAUAAUGGCAAUGCUGUCAGCGAAGGUCCACGUCACAAGUUAAGAAUUGAUAAAGAUGGUCAUUCAUAUUUUGCUACCCUUGAAAUAAUCGAUGUCACGGUAGAGGAUGCUGGCAAAUACAAGGUUAACGCAAAAAAUGAUUUGGGAGAGAGUAAUGCAACGAUCAGCUUGAACUUUGACAGCGAUGAGGCACCAGUGCCCGAAAAGGAGGGCAUCAAGCCGACAUUCACAGAGCGUCCGGUUAUCCGGCAGACUGACGAUGGUUCGACCGUCACCUUCUUGUGUCGCUGCGUCGGAGAUCCGAAACCCGAAAUCCAGUGGUACCACGGAAAGGAGGAGCUCGUAUCGAACAACAGGUACUCGAUGUCGCUGGACGUCGACGAGAAGAUUUACUACAUAGCUAGAUUAGAGAUAAGAAACGUAAAACGGAACGAUCGCGGAGAGUAUCGCGCUAUAGCGAAGAACAAACACGGCCAAGGCUUAGCGACGAUCAACCUCAAUUUCGAGGGUAUCGAAAAACCCAAAAUACCCGAUGGUAAAGCGCCGAGAUUCCCGAAAAAACCCACCAUCAGACAAGAAGGAGAUGUUCUGAUCAUGGAAUGUCUCCUCGAAGCUCACCCCGAUCCCGAUAUCACGUGGUUUCAGAGCGAAAAGAGCAUCGCGGACAGUUCGCGUGUCCGUAUGCUCAGAAAAACAACUAGUAAAGACAUCUAUCUUCUCACAUUAGAAAUCGCUAAUCCAACACGAGAAGAUGGCGGUCAUUACAGAUGCAAUGCUUUCAAUGAAUUCGGCGAAAGCAACGCCAAUAUCGCGUUGAACUUCCAAGGUGGCGAUAGCGCCGAUGGUUUUGCGCCUUCUUUCGUUGAGAAGCCCAAAAUCAUACCGAAUGAGAGCGGCACUCUCAUUACUAUGAAAUGCAAAUGCAAAGCUAAACCGAAGCCGACCGUUACUUGGUUCCGUGGAACCACUGUUGUCAAAGAAUCGUCGAAAAUUAAAAUGAUGAUUGUCGAUCUCGACGACGAUAAAUUCGAUUUGUCGCUCGAAAUCAAGGACCCCUCAGCCGCCGACGGUGGUACCUACAGGUGUCACGUGAAGAACGAAUACGGAGAAAGCAACGCGAAUCUCAAUUUGAACAUCGAGGCCGAACCCGAACCCGAAGGUGAAGGACCAACGUUCGUCGAAAAGCCGAAGAUUACUUCCCACGAUGGUGGAAAGCUGGUUGUCAUGGAGUGCAAAGUCCGUUCUAAUCCCAAACCCACGAUCGUUUGGUUCAGAGAAGGCAAAGAAGUCACCGAAUCCUCCAAGAUACAAAUCAGCGUCAAACAAACCGAAGAAGACGUGUAUUACGUCAAAUUGGAACUGAAAGAUCCAGGAACCGAAGACUCUGGAUUGUACAAGUGCAACAUCAAAAACACUCUGGGCGAACUCAACGCCAACCUAACUCUAAACAUCGAAAUCAUACCGGUCAUCAAAGAGAAACCUAAAGUUAUUAAAAUAAUUAAGAAGAAAACAGUCAUCGUGGAAUGUAGAGUUUUGAGUAAAUUCGCUCCGGACUGUACUUGGUUCAAAGAAGAAGAAGCCGUGAAAGAGGAUUCUCGGCACACCGUUCACGUUGAAAAAUCCAAAGAAGGCGAAUUCACCGUCAAAUUGGAAAUAAACGAAGUCGAGAAGCGAGACAAGGGCAUGUACAAACUGGUGGCCAAAAACGAAAAGGGCGAAGCCACUUCGCAAACCGUCGAAGUCACCGAAUUACCGCCAGACGAAAAACCGAAAGGGGAAAAACCCAAACUCACGAAACUAACAAACAUAAUCACCGAAGAAGGCAAGUCGGUCGACUUCAUAACUUCGCUGAAAAUCGAAGACAAAACCGUCAAGAUCACUUGGUACAAGAACUCCACCACCAUAACGGAAUCAUCGGAUGUGAAGAUAUCCUUCGACGGCACCGUCACGCGCCUUAGUAUUACCAAAUGUAAAGUAACACAUUCCGCCACGUACAAGUGCGUCGCCAAGAAUGAAUUUGGCGAAGACGAAACCAGCGCCACGCUCAAGGUCAAGGAAGCCAAGGAUGAGGAAGAAGAGGAGGAGGAAGAGGAAUCCGAGGAGGAAACCGUCGAAGAAAAGAAGGAGGAAAAGAAAGAGGAGAAGAAGGUGGAAAAGAAAGAAGAGAAAAAGGAGGAAAAGAAAGAAGAGAAAAAGGAGGAAAAGAAGGUAGAGAAGAAGGUUGAGAAGAAAGAGGAAGACAAAAAAUCUGUCAAGAAAGUCGAAAAGAAGGAAGAAGAGAAACUCAUAAUCAAGAAGGAGGAGGAAAAGAAGAAGGACGAGAAAAUCGCCGCCAAAAAGGAGGAGGAUAAGGAAACCGUCGAGAAGAAGUCCACCAGGCGCACGUCCGUUCAACAGGUCGAACAAAAGUCCGAAUCGCGAAGGAGCUCGAUCGUGCAAACCGACGAGAAAGUCGUCAAAGACGGGAAAGUUAGUCGAAAAUCGUCCAUAACGCAAGUAAACGAGGAGAGUAAGACUGAGUCUAGACGAACGUCGUUAGUUGACGACAAGAAAAAGAUCACUAAAGAUACUAAAAAAUUGGAAUCGACUAAAGAAUCGACAACACCUGACACACCAACUAAUCACAUUGAAGACACUCUUAAAAAAGACGAUGCCAAAAAGGUAGUCAAGAAAACCGAAGAUAAACUAACAACAAAGAAAUCUUUAACCGAAACCAAAACUAAAGACGAAGUCAAACGUCCUUCUUUAACACCCGAAGCUAAACCUAAAGAGGAAGUUAAAAGGCCAUCUUUAACACCUGAAGCUAAGCCUAAAGAUGAAGUUAAACGUUCAUCUUUAACACCUGAAGUUAAACCUAAAGAGGAAGUUAAACGUUCAUCUUUAACACCUGAAGCUAAACCUAAGGAUGAGUUGAAACGUCCAUCUUUAACACCUGAAGUUAAGCCUAAAGAGGAAAUUAAACGUCCAUCUUUAACACCUGAAGCAAAACCUAAAGAGGAAAUUAAACGCCCAUCUUUAACACCUGAGGCUAAGCCUAAGGAUGAGGUGAAACGUCCAUCUUUAACACCUGAAGCUAAGCCUAAAGAGGAAAUUAAACGCCCAUCUUUAACACCUGAGGCUAAGCCUAAGGAUGAGGUGAAACGUCCAUCUUUAACGCCCGAAGCUAAGCCAGCUGGCGAAGCUGCGAGAAAAUCAUUGACUCCGGAACCCGGAGUGAAGAAACCGGAAUUGAGAGCGCCCGAGAAGGCCGAAGAGAAGCAGGAAGUCUCAGCUCUCAAGAAGCCGUUGGACAAACCUAAACGAACUAUCCCGCCCAAACAAGAGGCCAAAAAAGGCUCGUUUUUGGAUAUUCAGUUGAAACCCGUCGCUCAAGACGGUAAAAAAGCGGAAAAAGCCGAAAAGAUUGAUGUUGAACUCAAGAAAACCGGUAACGAUAAAGAGAAAACGGCGGUGAAAAAAUCCGGUAAAAAAGAAGAGUCGUACGAUGUGAACGCGUGGGAGAGCAUUCCAGAUUACGAACGCCCCGUAUUGGAGAAAUACGAAAAAGCCGACCAACCGGAGUACGCCGGUCGGGAAAAAACGAAACUGUCGAAGGACAAGCCGUCGCUGGCCGUCGAAGGCAAGGAGAAGGCGCCCUCGCAGGCGGCCGUCUCCGAGCAGCCGCGGCCCAGCCUGCCCCAGAUCAAGACGCCCGACGCCCCCAAGAUCGAGGUGAGCAGGGAGCGGACGCCCGAGCCGCGGAAGAAGUCGCUCGAGCCGGGCGGCACGGGCAGCAGGAGGGGCUCUCUCAUACCCCCGGAAGCCAUGGGAAGGCGCGCCAGUCUCAUCAUCUCCGACGAGCGCCGCCGGCCGAGCUCAGACGUGCGCCGUCCGAGCGUCGCCGACAUGGAGGACCUCAUCAACAAGCCCUCGACCCCGCUCAAGCCGAGCGGCCCCAAGGGAGCCGCCCCGCAGAUCGUCGACGUCCAAGAGAACUACUCGUCCGUGGAAGAUCAAACCGCCUACAUGACGAUCCAAGUCGAGGGCGACCCGGCGCCGACGUUCAAAUUCUACAAAGGAGUCACCGAGAUCAUCGAAGGUGGUAGGUUCAAGUACGUGACCGACGGGGAGACGAAUUUGAUAACGCUGUGCAUAAGGAAAGUGAAGCCCAACGACGAGGGCCAGUAUAAAGUGAUUGUGUCGAACAUACACGGAGAGGACACGGCCGAGAUGACGCUCUUCGUCGCCGGAGCGGGUGGCGUGGAUUUCCGUUCGAUGCUGAUGAAGAGGAAAUACGCCAAAUGGGACAAAGACAAAGGGGACCCCGAUUGGGGCGAUCUAAAGGAAGUCGAGAAGCCUAUUCCUGCGCUCAAGAAAGUCGAAAAGAAACAAGAGAGCUUCCUAAAACCGCUAGUAGAUCAAUUCGCCAAGGAAGGAAAAGACAAGAAAGUUGUAUUCGAAGCUGGAUUUUCCAAGCCGAAUUGCAAGCCAAAAUGGCUCUUCAGAAAAGACGAAUUAUUCCCUGGCAGCAAGUACAAAUUCAAGAACGAAGGCGACAUGUACCAGCUGAUCAUCAGCAACCCGAAAGUGGAGGAUACAGGAAAAUACUCCAUAGAAAUAGGAGGUGUCAGUUCCACGGGAUUCCUUACAGUCGAAGAACCGGAUCCGAGCUACACCUUCACGAAACCCCUUAAGAAAAAAUACGACGGCUACACGAAACACGAAACAGAACUAGCUUGUACAGUCAGCAGCAGCUUAGCAACAGUAGGCUGGUACAAGGGCGACAAGAAACUCGACGACGGCGACAAAUACAGCAUAUCGAAAGACAUAAACGGAGUCUGUCGGCUAACAAUAAAAGACUGUACGCUCGAAGAUUCCGGCGAUUACGUAUGCAAACUGGAAAAACAACCGGACAAAACAGCCACGAAAGUCAACAUCGUCGAGUACCCGUACAAGUUCGUGAAGGUGCUGAAGCACCAGCAGCACGUCGAAAAGGAGAACAUCACGCUGGUGUGCGAGCUGAACGACGCCGGCGGCGACGUCCAAUGGUUCAAAAACGGCGAGGAAAUCAAACCCGACAAGCGGCUGGUCGUCAGCAAGGACGGCCGCAAGCGCAAGCUGGUGAUCAAAGACGCCAAAGUCACCGACGCCGGCAUGUACUCUUGCACCACCAACGCCGACAAGACCGAAGCCGAGAUCGUCGUCAACUACCUGAACCGGUUCAACAAGAAGCUGAAGGACACCGUCGGCGUGGAGCGCGAGAAGCUCGUCAUCGACAUCGAGCUGCAGGACUCGACGGCGCCCUGCGAGUGGUUCUUCAACGGCGAGCCGAUCGUCGCGUCCGAUCGCAUCGAGAUCAAGAACCUCGGCGGCGGCAAGCACCAGCUGGUGUUCAACAACCUGGACAUGAGGGACAACGGCGAGAUCAAGUGCGUGUCCGGCAAGCUCGAGUCGGCCAUGCAGCUCGACGUUAAAAAGGGCGAAAGCAAGCCGGUGAUCAAUUUCCCGUCGGAGUUCGCCGCGCCUAUUAGCAAACCCGUCAUCCUCGAAGUACCGUAUAAAAUUGAUGGUACGAGACAAACACCUCUAGAAGCUAAACUAAUCAAAGACGGCAAAGUACUUCCUCUUAAGGAUGUAGAAACUAUCAUAUCAGACGACAAAGUUGUGUUCAAAAUCAAGAAACCAACAAGAGAACAGUCCGGUCCCUACCAGAUAAAAUUAUCUAACGGACAAGGUGAAGAUGUUAAAGAUGUGAAGAUCACCAUGCAAGACGUCCCGAGUCCGCCUGAGGACGUUAACGUUACCGAUGUUUUCCAAGAUAACUGCAAAGUGUCGUGGAAACCGUCGAAAGAUAACGGGGGUACUCCUAUUUUGCACUACGUCGUCGAAAGGCAAGACCUCAGCCUUAAAGCUGGUUGGGAAAACGUUGGCGAAGUUAAGGCUAAUGAACCUACGACUUUUAAAGUUGAAAAACUAAUACCCAAAAAAGAAUAUAAAUUUAGAAUCAGAGCGGUUAAUCAAUUGGGCUCCAGUGAGCCCGCAUUGUUUGCUAAACCAGUUUUAGCAAAGGAUCCUUGGGAUGAAGCGAGUAAACCAAAGGACGUUGAAGUCGUCGAUUGGGACGUUGACCACGCUGAUAUAACGUGGAAAACUCCCGAUAGCGACGGAGGGGCCCCGAUCACCGGCUACGUAAUCGAAUUCAAAGAAAAAUUCGCGAAAGAUUGGAAAAAAGGCAUCGAAGUACCCGGCGAUCAAUUCAAAGGAACUGUCCCGAACUUAAAGGAAAACAGCACGUACGAAUUCAGAGUAAGGGCCAUUAACAAAGCAGGUCCUGGCGAACCCAGCGACCCGACCAAACCAAUCAUAGCCAAAUGCAGAUUCGUCAAGCCGUUCAUAAUCGGCAACGAUUUGAACAACAUCAUCAUCAAAAAGGGACAAGUCGUCAAAUACGACAUAAAAUUCGGAGGCGAGCCGGAACCCGAAGUCCAAUGGUUCUUGGACAAGAAAGAAAUCAAGCCCGACAUGGAAGAACGAAUAACGAUCGAUAAGUACGAAAAGAACACGAUCAUCACGGUGCGCAGAUGCGCCCGCGCCGACAGCGGCAAGUACCGCCUGGUCCUCACCAACAGCUCCGGCACGUGCGAAGGCAUCGCGGAGGUCAUCGUGUUGGACAAACCGACGCCGCCCAAGGCCAUGAAGGUCGAGGAAAUCCGCGCCGAUCACGUGAAGGUCGCUUGGCAGCGGCCCGAAGACAUCGGCGGCACCGACCUCACCGGCUACGUCCUCGAAAAGAUGGACAUGGACACCGGACGGUGGAUACCCGCCGGCGAAGUCGGCCCCACGGAGUCAUCUUUCACCUUCAAAAACCUAACGCCCAAGAAGAAGUACAAGUUCAGGGUGAGGGCUAAAAACAAGGAGGGUGAGUCGGAGCCGUUGGAGACCGACGAUUUCAUAUUAGCCAAGAAUCCGUACGACGAGCCCGGAGCGCCCGGCCAGCCGGAGAUAUUCGACUACGACAACAAGAGCGCCAGCCUGAAAUGGGCGAAGCCCGACAACGACGGCGGCCGCCCCAUAUCGCACUACACCGUCGAAAUGAAGGACAAGUUCGCCGCCGAUUGGACGGAGGUGGCCAAAACGGCGGACGCCACGCCGGAGAUCGUCGUGCCCGGUUUGAAAGAGAACAUGGUGUAUCAGUUCCGCGUUAAAGCGCAUAACAAAGCGGGACCUAGCGCUCCAUCCGCGCCCACGGCAAACCACCUCUGCAAACACAAAAACUUAAAACCGAGGAUUGACAGAGAAACAUUCAAAGCUGUUACAAUAAAAGCCGGCCGCACGCACAAAUGGGCGGUCGAUUUCAUGGGAGAACCUCCACCGUCCGUGAAAUGGGUAUGGAGAGACGACAUUCCACUAUCAAACAGCGAACGCAUAAAAAUCGAAAAUUCCGAUUACCACACCGACUUCACGCUGAUCAACGCCGUCCGCAAGGACUCCGGAAAAUACACGCUCACCAUAGAAAACGAGAACGGAAAGGAUACGGAGACGGUCGAAUUGACCGUCUUGAGCAAACCGUCCGCACCCGGAGGGCCUUUAGUCGUCUCUGAUGUGACUGCAGAAAAGGCUAAGGUGAGCUGGAGGAAGCCCGACGACGACGGCGGCAGCCCCGUCAAAGAAUACGAAAUCGAGAAAAUGGACACCGCCACCGGCAAGUGGAUACGCGUCGGCAGGGUACCCGCCGACAAAAUGUCGCCGGACGGCAAAGGAGAAUUCGAAGUGACCGGCCUCAUUCCGGGCUCCGAGUACAAGUUCCGAGUCACGGCCGUGAACGCCGAAGGCGAUUCCGAACCCCUCGUAUCCGACAAACCCGUCGUGGCCAAGAAUCCAUUCGACGAACCCGGCAAACCAGGCACGCCUGAGAUCACUGACUACGACAACAAAGGAGUCAACCUCAAAUGGACGCCGCCCAAGAACGACGGCGGCGCUCCCAUCGAGAAAUACAUCAUCGAAAAGAAAGACAGAUACAAGCCCGAUUGGGAGAAAGCCGUCGAGGUGCCGGGAGACCAGCUGGAGGCCCGCGUGGAGGACCUCAAAGAGCGCGGCGAGUACCAAUUCCGCGUCAUCGCCGUGAACAAAGCCGGCCCUGGCUCCCCGUCCGACGCCUCCAAGAUGCAAAUCGUCAAGCACCGAUCGCUCAAACCCCGAAUCGACAGGACGAACCUCAAGCCCAUCAUCGUACGCGCCGGAAAGCCCAUCAAAUACGACGUCGACGUCAGAGGUGAGCCCCCGCCGACGUGCACUUGGCACCACAUCGACCAAGAGGUCAAAUCGGAAGGAAACAUCGAAAUCAUUAACGUCGAUUACAACACGAAGAUAAACAUAACGAACUCUGUGAGGAAGAACACCGGCGUUUACAAAAUCAAAGCCGUCAACGAGCACGGUUCCGACGAAGCCGAAGUCGAAGUCACGGUGCUAUCCUCCCCCGGCAAACCCAAGGGCCCGCUCAAAGUGACCGACGUCACGAAGGGCGGCUGCAAGCUCAAAUGGGAGAAGCCCGAAGACGACGGCGGCAAGCCCAUCACCGGCUACCAGGUCGAGAAGUACGACAAGCAAACGGGCCGCUGGGUGCCCGUCGGCAGGACGACGGACACCGAAAUGGACGUGAAGGGCCUCCAGGAGGGGCACGAGUACGAUUUCCGCGUCAAGGCCAUCAACGACGAAGGGGAGUCCGAACCGCUCGAGACCGAUUCGUCCAUCGUCGCUAAAAACCCGUACGACAUACCCGGCAAACCCGGCACGCCGGAAAUCACCGAUUGGGACACCGAUCGCGUGGACUUGAAGUGGACGGCGCCGAAGAGCUCCGGCGGAGCGCCCAUUACCGGCUACGUCAUCGAAAAGAAGGAAAAAUUCUCAACAACUUGGGACGAAAUCCAUUCUACAGACGGACCUGCCUGCGAAGCUCGAGUACCGGGGCUCAAAGAAGGAAACACCUAUCAAUUCCGCGUACGAGCCGUCAACAAAGCCGGCCCUGGAGAGCCUAGUGACGCAACGAAUCAACACGUCGCCAAAGCCAGGCACUUACGACCGCUUAUCAACCGCGAAAAACUGCACACCGUCAAAGUUCGCGCUGGCCAAUUGGUCAAAUUCGAUGUCGAUGUUAAAGGCGAACCCCCACCGGUUUGCACGUGGAUUCUAGCCCACAAACCUCUCGAGAACGGUCCUACCGUCAAAAUCGAAAACGAGGAUUACAACACCAAGCUGACGCUCAGCGACACUAAGAGAAAAGACACCGGCACCUACACUCUCAAGGCCGAGAACGAUUCGGGCUUCGACGAAGCCACCGUCGAAGUCAUCAUCCUGGACAAACCCGGCAAGCCCGAAGGUCCGCUCGACGUGACCGAGGUCCACAAAGAGGGCUGCAAGCUCAAGUGGGACAAGCCCAAGGACGACGGCGGCUUGCCCAUCACGGGCUACGUCAUCGAGAAGCAGGAUACGCAGACAGGACGAUGGGUGCCCGCCGGUUUCGUCGACGCCGACAAAACCGAACAGCAGAUCACGGGGCUCGAGCCGAACAAGAAGUACAACUUCAGAGUGAAAGCGGUGAACGAGGAAGGCGAAUCGGAGCCUCUGGAAACGGACGCCGCGAUCCUCGCCAAGAACCCCUACGAUAUACCGGCGCCUCCGGGCCUGCCGGAGAUCGUCGAUUGGGACGAGAAAUCGGUGAAACUGAAGUGGGACAAACCCGUCAGAGACGGCGGUUCGCCCAUUACCAGUUACAUCAUAGAAGCCAUGGAUAAAUUCGGAGGGCAGUUCGUUAAAGUGGCGGAAGUUGGACCGCAAUGCAACGGUACUGUGCCAAAACUGGAAGAAGGUAAUCAAUACAAGUUCCGAGUACGCGCCGUUAACAAAGCCGGCCCUUCGGAUCCCUCUGAGCAAACCAACUGGCACACCGCUAAGCCCAGAUUCCUGAAACCGCUCAUCGACCGCACUAAUCUCAAACCGUUAACCAUCAAAGCUGGAUUAUCCAUCAAUUUGGACGUCAACAUCCAGGGUGAACCUCCACCGAAAGUAACGUGGUUAUUCAACGGAACCGAGCUGGCGUCCACCGAUGAAAUACGCAUCGACAACGUCGAUUACAACACCAAAUUCUUCAUAAUGAAAGGCAAGCGCCUGCACUCGGGCAAAUACACCAUCAUCGCUAAAAACGAAGUCGGAGAAGACCAAGCCGACAUCGAGAUUUCCGUGCUCGGCAAACCGAAGGCGCCUAAAGGGCCGCUGGAAGUCAGCGAUGUCACCAAGCACGGCUGCAAGCUGAAAUGGAAGAAGCCCGACGACGAUGGCGGUUCCCCCAUCGACCAUUACGAAAUCGAGAAACUGGAUCCUCUCACCGGACAAUGGGUGCCCUGCGGUCGCAGCACCGAACCCGAAGCCAACAUAACCGGCUUGCAGGAAGGCAAACCCUACAAAUUCAGGGUGAAAGCGGUUAACAAGGAAGGAGAAUCCGAACCGCUGGAAACUGAAAAAACGAUCAUCGCUAAGAAUCCAUUCGAUGAACCAGGCAAACCAGGCCGUCCAGAUCUCAAAGAUUGGGACAAAGACUUCGUGGAGCUGGCUUGGAAACCUCCAGUCAGCGACGGAGGGGCUCCUAUACAGAAAUACAUCAUCCAGAUGCACGACAAAGCUGGUCGCGGAUGGAUCGACGCUGCGACUGUACCCGGAGACAAAACAACCGGACGAGUCGAGACCGUGGAAGAAGGUCACGAGUACGAGUUCCGCAUCGUGGCCGUUAACAAAGCAGGUCCGAGCGAACCGAGCGAUCCGUCCAAACCCGUCGUUGCUAAACCACGAUUUUUGGCUCCCAAAAUCGAUCGCAAGAACCUCGGCAAAAAAGUGCUGCGCACCGGCCAACUGCUGCGUUUGGAAGCCGAUGUCAAAGGCGAACCUGCUCCGGUAGUGGUGUGGACGUUGAAAGAACAAACACUCAGGAACACCGACAGAAUCAAAAUCGACAACGAGGACUAUCACACGAGCUUCGCCAUGAAAAGCGUGCAAAGAAGCGACACCGGCUCGUACACGGUCACGGCCAGGAACGAUUCCGGUGUAGAUACAGUCGACGUUGAAAUACAAGUACUCUCGAAACCGUCGAAACCGAAAGGUCCCCUUAAAGUAUCCGAUGUGACUGCGAACGGAUGCAAACUCAAAUGGGAAGCUCCCGAAGACGACGGCGGCGAGCCCAUAACUGGAUACGUGGUAGAGCGUAUGGACGUAGAAUCCGGACGGUGGGUUCCUGUAACGACCACUAAAACCCCGGAAGCCGAUGUUACAGGCUUAAACGAAGGCAAAGACUACCAAUUCAGAGUGAAAGCUGUUAAUUCCGAAGGCGAAUCGGAACCUUUGGUCACCGACGUUCCGACUACAGCCAAAAAUCCUUACACCGAACCCGACGCUCCUGGCAAACCAGAAAUCAAAGACUGGAACAAGGACCACGCCGACAUCAAAUGGACGCCGCCCAAAAACGACGGCGGCGCUCCCAUCGAGAAAUACAUCAUCGAGAAGAAGGAUCCCAUCACGGGUAAAUGGCAGAAAGCCCUCGAAGUACCCGGCAACAAAACCGACGCCAGGGUACCCGAUUUACAAGAAGGCCAGAAAUACGCCUUCCGCGUAAAGGCCGUUAACAAAGGCGGCGACAGCAAACCAUCAGCCGCAUCAGACACGAUUACAGCCAAAGAUAGAUUCGUGCCGCCUAAAAUCGACCGUACGAACCUCAGGGACAUGACGGUCAAAGCCGGCCAGCACAUCCGGCUGGACAUCAAAGUCACCGGAGAACCGCCGCCGGCUAAGAGUUGGUUCCUCAACAAAGCUCGCGUGGAAAACCGCGACGAUAUCAACGUAGAUAUCGAAGACUACAGAACUAAAUUCGUCAUCGGAGUCGCCAAGCGAGAGCACACCGGCACAUUGACUCUCAAAGCCGAAAACGACUCAGGCAGAGACGAAGCAAGCAUCGAAAUUAAAGUGCUGGACAAGCCUUCGAAACCGGAAGGCCCUCUCAAAAUCAGCGACGUCCACAAGGAAGGCUGCACGCUCAAGUGGAACCCACCGCAAGACGACGGCGGCGUACCGAUCGAAUACUACGCCGUAGAGAAGCUAGAUACUUCCACCGGCCGCUGGGUACCAGCCGGCCGGGCGAAGGACCCCAAGAUCGAGCUGAACAACCUAGAACCCGGCCAGGAGUACAAGUUCAGGGUAUCGGCGGUGAACGCCGAAGGUGAAUCGGAGCCCCUCGAGGCCGAGCAAACUAUCGUCGCGAAGAAUCCGUUCGACGAGCCCGGAGCUCCUGGUACGCCGGAGGUCACCGAUUGGGACAAGGACCGCGUGGAUCUACGAUGGACUCCACCUGCGAAUGAUGGUGGAUCUCCAAUCACCGGAUACAUUAUCGAGAAGCGGGAGAAGGGAUCGCCGAAAUGGACGAAGGCCGGCGAGACCGGACCGUACGAAACGAAGGGAACCGCGAGCAAUUUGGACGAAGGCGUGGAAUACGAGUUUAGAGUGCGCGCCGUUAAUGCUGCAGGUCCCGGCGAACCGAGUCAAGCAUCUAAAUCUGUGGUUACGAAGCCCAGACGAUUGGCUCCUAAGAUUGACCGCCGCAACCUGCAUAAUCUCACGGUAAAGGAAGGAGAACCUAUUUACAUCGAUGUUAAAGUUAGCGGAGAACCAGCUCCCGACGUUACUUGGUACCAAGAUGGCAGAACUCUCACUCAAACGUCGCACAAACGCAUCGACGACAUCCCCUACAACUCCAAGUUCUUCAACGACAAACCCGAACGCAAGGACACAGGAGUUUACAAAAUUGUUGCCACUAAUAAAUACGGCCAAGAUCAGGCUGAAAUCGAAAUAACAGUUGUUUCUAAACCAGGACAACCCGAAGGUCCUUUGGAAGUAUCGGACAUCCACAAAGACAAUUGCACAUUGAAAUGGAAGAAACCUAAAGAUGACGGUGGAGAGCCGAUCGAGAAUUAUGUUGUUGAGAAAUUCGAUCCUGAAACAGGCAUUUGGUUGCCAGUCGGCAAGACGAACGGUGCUAUACCCGAAAUGAAAGUUGAGGGUCUCACGCCUGGCCACGAAUACAAAUUCAGAGUCAAGGCAGUCAAUAAGGAAGGUGAAUCGGAACCACUCGAAACACUGGGAACCAUUACAGCCAAAGAUCCUUACACUACCGCUGGUAGACCUGGUACUCCCGAACCGGAGGAUUGGUCCGCCAAUCACGUAGACUUAAAGUGGACCGAGCCAAUAUCAGAUGGCGGCGCCCCCAUCACCGGCUAUAUCAUCGAAAUGAAAGAUAAAUACAGCCCGAUUUGGGAGAAAGCUCUGGAAACGACCACACCGAAAACCGCGGCCACCAUACCCGGAUUAAUCGAAGGAAACGAAUACCAAUUCCGAGUAAUCGCUGUCAACGAAGCCGGUCUAAGCGCGCCUUCGGACGCCAGCAAAACCUUCACGGCCAAACCGAGAUUCCUUGCACCCAAAAUCGACAGGCGUUACCUCCACGACGUCACGAUCUCCGCCGGUUCGCCGCUCAAAUUCGAAGCCAACAUCAUCGGCGAACCUCCACCGACGGUGGAGUGGCGUUUCAACGGCAGCGUGCUCAAAAACGACAACCGCACGACAAUCGACAACGUCGACUACAACACGAAAAUCGCCAUCCGCCCUGUCGGGCGAGACGAUACCGGAGAAUACAAAAUCACUGCUUCUAACAGCUCUGGCAAGGAUACUCACAUUAUUAACGUCACCGUAACCGAUAAACCUACGCCACCGCAAGGACCUCUACAGGUAUCCGAUGUUAAUAAGAACGGGUGCAAACUCAAGUGGAAACGCCCGAAAGACGAUGGUGGUACUCCCAUUGAAUAUUACCAAGUUGAUAAGAUGGAUCCCGAAACGGGAGUAUGGGUACCCUGUGGAAGAGCCAACGAACCAAACUUCGAAGUGACCGGUUUAACGCCUGGCCACGAAUACAAAUUCCGAGUGGCAGCCGUAAACGCCGAAGGCGAAUCCAAACCGCUCGAAACCGAUACCACAAUCGUCGCUAAAAAUCCAUUCGACGAGCCCGGCGCGCCGGGCCACCUCAAAGCCACCGACUGGGACAAAGACCACGUGGACCUGGCGUGGUCGCCGCCCAAAGACGACGGCGGCUCGCCCAUAACCGGCUACAUAGUCGAGAAGAAAGACAAAUUCGGCGACUGGGAGAAGGCGCUGGAAAUCCCCGGCGAUCAGCUCAAAGCCACCGUUUCCGACCUCAUCGAGGGGCAGCCCUACCAGUUCCGCGUGCGAGCGGUGAACGCCGCCGGUCCCGGAGACGCCAGCAACGAAACGCCUACCAUCAUAGCGAAGCCGCGCAACUUGGCGCCGAUGAUCGACAGGACCAACUUGAACGAGGUUAAGAUCCGCGCCGGCCAGAACUUCGGCUUCGACGUCAAAGUCAGCGGCGAACCGAUGCCGACCACCAAAUGGCUCAUCAAGAACAAAGAGCUGAAAACCGGCGAUAAAAUGAAAGUCCAGCACGGCGAUUACAACACGAAGAUCAGCGUGAAGAACGCCACUCGCGCCGAAUCCGGAACCUACACGAUUACAGCGGAAAAUGCGAACGGUAAGGACAUAGCGGAAGUUGAGGUCAUCGUUUUGGACGUGCCCAGUCCUCCGGGAGGUCCCCUUAAAGUCUCCGAUGUGCACGCCAACGGCGCCAAACUCAGCUGGAGGCCUCCAGCGGACGAUGGUGGACAACCCGUGGAAAGAUACGUUGUGGAAAAAAUGGACGAGGCCACCGGUCGGUGGGUUAACGCCGGCGAGACCGACGGCCCGGAGACUUCCCUCGCUGUUGACGGUUUAGUGCCGGGCCACAAAUACAAAUUCAGAGUCAGAGCUGUGAAUAGACAAGGAAAAUCGGAGCCGUUGCAAACCUCCCAAGCCGUCGAAGCGAAGAAUCCCUUCGAUGAGCCUGGCAAAACGUCUGCACCGCAAAUCACGGACUACGACAAGGACUUCGUCGAACUCAAGUGGGACAAACCAGAAAACGACGGCGGAUCGCCGAUUACUGGCUACAUAAUAGAAAAACGCGACAAAUUCAACCCGAAUUGGGAAAAAUGCGCCGAAGUCGAAGGCGACAUACCCAAAGGUAAAGUGAACGACCUCAUCGAAGGAACGCCCUACGAGUUUAGAAUAAGGGCGGUCAAUAAAGCGGGACCUGGUGAACCCAGCGACGCGUCCAAAGUCCACGUCGCAAGACCCAAAAAUCUGGCUCCGAAGAUCGACAGAAACUUCUUCGCAGACCUCAAAAUCAAAGUCGGCGCUACCAUCGAAUAUAACGUACCUGUUAUCGGAGAACCUCCGCCAUCUAAGGAAUGGAAACACAAGGAAGACGUUCUUUUUAACAACGACCGCGUGAAAAUCGUCAACGAAGACUACAAAACCAGCAUCAAAAUAAUCGACGCCAAACGAUCCGACAGCGGAUCCUACACGCUAACAGCGAAAAAUCCCAACGGCAAAGACGAAGCCACCGUAAAAGUUACCGUGCUCGACGUACCCACCCCGCCGGAGGGACCGCUCAAGGCCGAUAACAUCACCAAGAGCUCGAUGACCCUGCACUGGAAGCCGCCCAAGGACAACGGUGGCUCCGAAAUAACUCAUUACACCGUCGAGAAGCUCGACACGGAGAACAUGAGAUGGGUGCCGUGCGGAGAAGCCAUCGGCACCUCCAUGAGGGUCGAUCACUUAAGCGAAGGCCACGACUAUCAGUUCAGAGUGAAAGCGGUCAAUAAAGAAGGCGAUUCCGCUCCUUUGCAAACCACCGAGAGCAUUACCGCGAAGGAUCCCUACACGAGGCCAGACAGGCCCGGGGUUCCCCAAGCCACCGAUUGGGACAAAGACCACGUCGACUUGGAAUGGACUCCACCCAAGAAAGACGGUGGUGCUCCCAUCACGGAAUACAUCAUUGAAAAACGACCAAGACACGGAACUUGGGAAAGAGCCUGCGAAGUUCCCGGUAACAAGACCAAGGCGACGGUGCCUAAUUUGGUCGAAGGAGAAGAAUACGAAUUCAGGGUGAUCGCCGUGAACAAAGGCGGUCACAGCGAUCCCAGCGAGGCCAGUCUUCCGGUAAUAGCCAAACCGAGAUUCCAAGCUCCCACGUUCAACAAGAGCUUGCUGGAAGACAUCACCGUCAAGGCCGGCCAACGAUUCGGAUGGACGAUUCCCAUGGAAGCGUCGCCCAAGCCGACAGCCACGUGGACCGUCAACGGCAAAGAAAUCAAACCCGACGACCGAAUCGACAUGGCCAUAUUCAACAACAAAGUAUCUUUCGAUGUUUCGUCUUCUCUGCGAUCGGACGCAGGAAGAUACACUUUAACUCUAACCAACGAUUUGGGCAGUUUCACUGCCUCCGCGCAAGUGACUGUAAUCGACAGACCCAGUCCUCCUCAACCUCCGUUGGACGUCAGCAGCGUGACCAAAGACAGCGCGCGCCUGGGCUGGAGAAUACCGCUAGACGACGGCGGCUCGCCCAUAUUGCACUACGUAGUCGAGAAAAUGGACGUGUCUCGCGGCACGUGGUCCGACGCGGGAAUGGCCACGAUCACCUCCCACGACGUGACCAGGCUCAUCCACCGCAAAGAGUACUACUUCAGAGUGAAGGCGGUGAACGCCGUAGGCGAAUCCGAGCCGCUCGAAACGCAGAAGAGCAUCAUCGCCAAGAACGAAUUCGACGAGCCCGGCGCUCCCGGCAAACCGGCCGUCACCGACUGGGACAAGGACCACGUCGAUCUGGAAUGGACGCCGCCCAAGAGCGACGGCGGCUCGCCCAUCACCGGCUACAUCGUCCAGAAGAAGGAGAAGGGCAGUCCUUACUGGACGAACGCCGCCCACGUGCCGGCCAGCAAAACGAAGGCCACGGUGCCCGAUUUGACCGAAGGACAGGAGUACGAGUUCAGGAUAAUCGCGACCAACACGGCCGGACAGAGCGAACCGUCGGAACCAUCCGAUCUGGUUACAGCGAAAGCCAGAUUCCUGGCGCCGAAAAUCAAAACUCCACUCAACGACAUCCGCAUUAAAGCUGGUCUCAUUUUGCACAUCGAUAUAGAUUUUAUCGGAGAACCGUGUCCGGAAGUAACUUGGAGUGUCGGUAGUAAACCGUUAGCUGCCGAUGAACGUACGACUGUUACUUCGAUAGGCUAUCACACCACCAUACAUACUGUAAAUGCCAAACGCACCGACAGCGGUUUGUAUCACAUUUUGCUCAAAAAUAGCUCGGGCAUUGACGAGGGAUCGUUCCAAGUCACCGUGUUGGAUCGUCCCGGACCACCGCAAAGACCCAUCGAGUACGAAGAAGUUACCUCGCAAAGCGUCACGUUAUCCUGGAAGCCGCCUAAAGAUAACGGUGGCAGCGAAAUAACGGGAUACGUAAUCGAAAAACGAGAUUUAACCCACGGAGGCGGUUGGGUACCAGCCGUAAACUACAUCAAUCCCAAAUACAAUCACGCAGUGGUUCCCAGGCUGCUCGAAGGAACCAAAUACGAAUUCAGAGUGUUCGCCGAGAACAUGCAAGGAAGAUCCGACCCUCUGGAAACCGAGCGACCGAUCGUCGCCAAAAACCAAUACGACGUACCCGGAAAACCUGGCAAGCCAGAGCUCGUGGACAGCGAUAAGGACCACAUUAAAAUCAAAUGGACGGCGCCUAUCAGCAACGGCGGCUCUCCUAUCGUAGGCUACGACAUCGAACGCCGCGACAGAGCCACCGGCAGAUGGAUCAAACUCAACAAAGAACCCAACAGGAACACCGAAUUCUACGACGACAGAGUACAAGAAGGCCACCAGUACGAAUACAGAGUAUCCGCUGUGAACGCCGCAGGUGCCGGAAAACCGAGCGACGCCUCCAACGCUUUCAUCGCCAAACCGAUGAAAGAAAAACCGAAGUUGUGGCUCGACGGCAUUAUCGGCCGCAAAAUUAAAGUCCGCGCCGGAGAACCCAUCAACAUCAACAUCCCGUUAUCUGGAGCGCCGGCUCCGAAAUGCGAAUGGACAAAGAACAAGAUUUCUGUACCAGAAUCCAACAGAGUAUAUACUGAAACUACAAGUGAGAAUACCAGACUUCGUGUUGAAGCUUCGAACCGAGACGAUACUGGCACAUACACGAUUCGAGCUUCCAACGAAUACGGAGCCGACGAAGCCGACAUCGAAGUAAUCGUUGUCGACAAACCAGGAAUGCCCAAGGGUCCUCUACAAUACACCGCCACCACGCAGGAUACGAUAUCCCUAUCCUGGAACCCGCCGGAGGACGACGGCGGCGGAGACCUCACCGGAUACAUAGUAGAAGUCAGCGAAUUCGGUACCGACAGCUGGCGCCCGUGCCCGGGCUUCUGUCCCAAACCGUCGUUCACCGCUCGCGGCCUCACCGAAGGCAAGAAAUACGUGUUCAGAGUGCGCGCCGAAAACAUCUACGGCGUCUCCGAGCCGCUGGAAGGCAAGCCCGUCAUCGCCAAGAGCCCGUUCGAUCCGCCGGGAGCGCCGAGCAAGCCGGACAUCACCGGCUACUCCUCGUCGACGUGCUCACUCAAAUGGAAACCGCCGGCGUCGACAGGCGGCAAGCCGAUCACCGGCUACUACGUGGAGAAACGCGAAAGAGGCGGCGACUGGGUGAAGGUGAACACCUAUCCCACCCCUAACACGCAAUACACCGUGCAGGACUUGCGAGAGGGCAACAAAUACGAAUUCCGCGUUGUCGCUGUUAACGAAGCGGGACCCGGGGAACCCAGCGAACCCACUGAGCCGAUCGUAGCGCAAUUGCAACGGUUCAAACCGGACGCGCCCGAACCGCCUAAAGCAGAUCGCAUCACCAAAGACAGCGUCACACUGUCGUGGAGACCGCCUAGGAACGAUGGCGGAGCUAAAAUUAGGGGUUACGUUCUACAAAAACGCCCCGUGGGUACUGACAAUUGGACCGACGUUAACACUACUCCAAUCAACGAUACCGUUUACACGGUGCCUAAUCUCAAAGAAGGCGAAACCUACCAAUUCAGAUUGAUCGCCGUUAACGACGUAGGAAAAUCCGAACCCAGCAAGCCGAGUAGCAACAUCAAGAUCGAAGAGCAGCCCAACAAGCCGCGAAUGGAUCUGGGCGGCGUGCGCGACAUCACCGUCAGAGCCGGAGAAGAUUUCAGCAUUCACGUACCGUACAUGGGCUUCCCCAAACCGACAGCGUCUUGGUUCGCUAACGACAAGCUCCUCGACGAAUCGGAUUCGAGAGUAUUCCCGCAGCUCGCCGACGAUUACGCCAGCAUUAUUGUGAAGAACUCGAAGCGGACGGACAGCGGCCAAUACAGGCUUCAGCUGAAGAAUCCGUCAGGUUUCGACACCGCCACGAUCAACGUAAGGGUCCUGGACAGACCUGGAAAACCGGAGAACCUUAGAGCCGACGAGUUCGCCGGAGACGCGCUCACGCUCUACUGGCAGCCGCCUAAAGACAACGGAGGCGCUGAAAUUACCAAUUACAUCGUCGAAAAGAAGGAAGCCAAGUCACAAACUUGGUCUAAAGUCAGCAGCUACGUUACAGUUCCGUUCGUUAGGAUCCGCAAUCUGACGUUAGGAAAGGAUUACGAUUUCAGAGUGAUCGCGGAGAAUCAAUACGGUCAAUCGGAACCAGCCGUUACAUCCGAACCGAUCAAAGCCAGACAUCCGUUCGAUCCGCCAGGUGCUCCCGGUGCUCCCAGAGGCAUCGAAACCACCGAAGAUUCCAUAACUAUCACGUGGGCCAAACCCAGACACGACGGAGGCUCUCCCAUCACGGGCUACGUCGUCGAAAAGCGCCUGAUCACCGAAGACAAAUGGACCAAGGCGUCGCACGCCCAAAUACCCGACACGACGCUCAAAGUCAUCAAUCUCAUCGAAAACCACGAAUACGAAUUCAGAGUCGCGGCCGUCAACGCCGCCGGACAAGGCCCUUGGAGCGCCGCUUCGGACGCCAUCUGCGCCAGGGCCGCCCCGAGCGCGCCCAAGAUCACGUCGGACUUGAGCAUCCGCGACAUGGUCGUCAUCGCCGGCGAGGAACUGAAGAUAACCGUUCCGUACGUGGCGACGCCCAAACCCAAAGCUUCGUGGACCAUCAACGGCGACGAAGUGAUCCCGGAUAACCGGAUCAAAAUGGAUACCACUGACAUCGCUUCAGUGUUCGUCAACAAAUCGGCCAAGAGGUCCGAUACUGGAAGCUACACGAUCAAGCUCACGAACUCCGAAGGAUCGGACUCGGCUUCUUGUAGAGUCCUCGUGGUGGACAGACCGCUGCCGCCUCAAGGACCGCUCGACAUUUCCGACAUUACGCCUGAUAAUUGCUCUUUGGCGUGGAGACCUCCGUCGGACGACGGCGGUUCUCCCAUUACGAAUUACAUCGUCGAAAAAUUAGACACCAACGGUAUUUGGGUGAAAGUCAGCAGUUUCGUACGAAACACCCAUUACGACGUUAUGAGCCUGGAACCCAACAGGAAAUACAGCUUCAGAAUUCGAGCUGAGAAUCAAUACGGUAUCAGCGAGCCUCUAGAAAGCACGGAACCCAUCACGGCUAAAUAUCCGUUCACGAUACCGGAUCCGCCCGGAGCACCUCGCGUAACCGACUGGGACUCCUCCACAAUUUAUCUAUCGUGGGACAGACCGAACAACGACGGCGGUUCGCGCAUACAGGGCUACAAACUUGAAUACCGCGACAUCGCCCACGACACGCACUGGCAAAGCGCCAGCGAUUACCUGAUCAAAGACACGCACUUCGACCUGUUCAACAUGACCAGCGGCCACGAGUACGAGUUCCGCGUCCGCGCCAAGAACGCCGCCGGAUUGAGCAAACCCUCCGCCUCUUCGGCCGCCUUCAAGCUGAAGGGCAAAUACAACGUCCCGUCGGCGCCGCGCAACCCCAACGUGGUGAACGUCGGCAAAGGCUACGUCGACCUGACGUGGGAACCGCCGUCCAGCGACGGCGGCUCCAGAAUCACCGGCUACGUCAUCGAGAAGAGGGAGAUCGGCUCGCCGCUGUGGACCAAGUGCAACGACUACAACGUCACCGACACCAAUUACACCGUGCUCAAUCUCAUGGACAAGUCGGAGUACGAGUUCCGCAUCUACGCCGUCAAUUCGGCCGGCAAGAGCGAGCCGAGCAACUGCACCACGCCCGUCAAGGUGUGCGAGGUGCUGGGCGGCGAGAAGCCCGAGUGGCUGCGCCGGCUGAACAACACGUCGGCGCCGUUGGGCAAGUCCGCGACGCUCGAAUGCGAGGCGUCCGGCAAGCCGGAGCCGGCCUUCAGGUGGAUCAAGAACGGACGCGAGAUCAAGAUCGGCGGCAGGUUCAGGACCGAGGUCAAAGGCGGUACGGCCUUCUUGCACAUCUCCGAUUUGCUCGGCAUCGACGAGGGCGAUUACACCUGCGAAGCGAGUAAUACACUCGGCGCUGUCACGACGACGGCGCGACUCAAGAUCGGCACUCCGCCGAGAAUCGAACGUUUACCUGGAGACCUGUACUUAGCCGAAGGCGAUAACACCAAGAUUAAAAUUUACUACUCCGGAGAUCAACCACUCGACGUUACGUUAUCCAAGAACGGUCGAAACAUCGAUGAUUCUACUCACAUUAGAUUCAGCGUGUUCGAUGAUUACAUAAUCAUAUUCAUUAAAGACAUCAACAAAAACGACGGAGGAGACUACAAUCUUACCGUUAAGAACGACAGCGGAAGCGCGUCGGGCAGCUUUACGGUAUACAUCACAGGAUUACCGGGACCGCCGAACGGACCUCUCGAAACCACGGAAAUAACCAAACACACCUGCAGGCUAUCUUGGAAACCACCGAGCUACGAUGGUGGUCUGAGAAUCACUCACUACAUCGUCGAAAGAAAAGACGUGCUCGGAACGCACUGGAUCACCGUUUCGAGCUCCUGCAAGGACACUAAUUUCACCGUUCAAGGACUAACCGAAGGACAAGAGUACCUAUUCAGAGUGCUAGCCGUCAACGACAACGGAGCCGGACCCGCGCUCGAAGGAGUCAAUCCGAUAAAGGCCAGAGCUCCGUUCGAUCCCCCGGGUCCCCCGGGAGUACCCAAAGUCACGCAAGUCGGCGGGGACUUCGUCAAUCUCGAAUGGACCAAACCCGAGGAAGACGGAGGCGCCCGCGUUCAAGGCUACUGGAUCGACAAGUGCGAAAAGGGUAGCUCCACGUGGCAGCGCGUAAACGUUUCCUUGUGCCUGCCCACGCAGAUCAACAUAUCGAACCUCAUCGAAGGGCGCAAAUACGAGUUCAGGGUGUUCGCGCAGAACAUCGCCGGCAUUUCGCCGCCCUCGAGCGCCUCCAACAGCGUGGAAAUCAAGGACCCGCAGGCCGCUACUCCGCCGGAGAUUAUCAAACCGCUCAAGAACGCCCAAUGCAUCCAAAACCACAACGCCAAGUUCGAGUGCACGAUCAUCGGAAAUCCCACUCCGCAUAUAACUUGGUACAAAGGCGCUAGGGAGAUAACCAACGGCUCCAGGUACCACAUCUACAGCGAAGGGGAAGUUCACCAUCUAAUCAUCCACGAUGUAUUCGGAGAAGAUGCCGAUGAGUACGUUUGCAGGGCAGUCAACAAAGCUGGUGUUAAAUCAACUCGAGCUGAAUUAUUGAUAAUGACUGCUCCGAAAUUGAACAUUCCUCCGAGAUUCCGCGAUUCCGCCUACUUCGACAAAGGAGAGAACGUCGUCAUCAAGAUCCCCUUCACCGGCUACCCCAGGCCGAAGAUCACUUGGGUAAGAGAAGGCGAAGUGAUCGAAUCGGGCGGUCACUACCACGUCGAAGUGAAGGACCGCCACGCCAUCUUGACCAUCCGCGACGCCAGCAAAAUGGACAGCGGCCCGUACAGGAUAACUGCCGAAAACGAGCUGGGACAAGACACGGCCAUUAUCAAGAUCCAAAUCGCCGACAGGCCCGACCCGCCGCGCUUCCCCGCAGCCGACAACAUCGGCCACGACUCGUUGGCCCUGACGUGGAAAGCGCCCGUUUGGGACGGCGGCAGCAACAUCACGAAUUACCUCGUCGAACGACGCGAGCAUCCCCUAUCCACGUGGAUACGAGUGGGCAACACCAGGUUGAAUACGAUCGCUGUGAACGGCUUAACGCCCGGCCACCAGUACGAAUUCAGAGUGUACGCCGAGAACAUCUACGGCCGCUCCGAUCCGUCGGACUUGAGCCCGCUCGUGACGAUGAAAGACACCGUCAAGAAGCAGGUGCAGAAGAGAAAGUACGAGGUCGACGAAAACGGCAAGAAGAUCCGCGAAUCGCACAAGGAACCGGUCAAAGACUACGACAACUACGUCUUCGACAUUUACUCGAAGUUCGUGCCGCAGCCGGUCGAGAUCAAAACGCGCUCGGUCUACGACGAUUACGAUAUCCUCGAGGAGAUCGGCACCGGCGCCUUCGGCGUGGUGCACCGCUGUCGCGAGAGGAAAACCGGCAACAUAUUCGCCGCGAAAUUCAUACCGGUAUCGCACGCGAUGGAGAAGGAGCUGAUCAGAAAGGAAAUCGACAUCAUGAACCAACUGCACCAUCCGAAACUCAUCAAUCUGCACGACGCCUUCGAAGACGACGACGAAAUGGUACUAAUCUACGAGUUCCUCUCCGGAGGCGAGCUGUUCGAAAGAAUCACGGCUGAAGGCUACCAAAUGUCCGAGGCGGAGGUCAUCAACUACAUGAGGCAGAUCUGCGAAGGCAUCAAGCACAUGCACGAAAGGAACAUCAUCCACCUCGACAUCAAACCCGAGAACAUCAUGUGCCAGACCAGGAAGAGCACCAACAUCAAGCUCAUCGACUUCGGACUGGCCACGAAACUCGACCCCAACGAAAUCGUCAAGAUUUCCACCGGCACGGCGGAAUUCGCCGCGCCGGAGAUCGUCGAACGCGAACCCGUUGGAUUCUACACCGACAUGUGGGCCGUCGGCGUGUUGGGCUACGUCCUAUUGAGCGGAUUAUCCCCGUUCGCCGGAGAAAACGACAUCGAAACCUUGAAGAACGUCAAAGCCUGCGACUGGGACUUCGACGAGGAGGCGUUCGGGAACGUCUCCGACGAAGGCAAGGACUUCAUCAGGAGGCUCCUGGUUAAGAACAAAGAAAAACGUAUGACAGCUCAGGAAUGCCUGGUGCACGCCUGGCUCAGCGGCGACCACAGCGACAAGACCCAAGUCAUCGAUCAAUCCAAAUACCUUCGUAUGCGCGACAAGAUCCGCUCCAAAUACGACGCUUGGGAUUCCUUCGCGCUGCCUAUUGGACGAUUAUCGGAAUAUUCUUCGUUGAGGAAAUUAUUAGUAGACAAAUACAAAAUACACGAUGCUUACUUCGAUCGAAGACAAGCAGCACCGAGAUUCGUCAUCAAACCGCAAAGCGCUUUCUGUUAUGAAGGACAAAGCGUGAAAUUCUACUGCAGAGUCAUCGGAGUCGCAGCUCCGACUGUCAGCUGGUACCACAACAACGUAGAACUAAGACAAAGCGUUAAAUUCAUGAAGAGAUACGCCGGAGACGAUUACUAUUUCGUAAUAAACAGAGCCAGGUUACAAGACAGGGGAGAAUACAUUAUCAGAGCUGAAAACCACUACGGAGCUAGAGAAGAAGUUGUCUUCCUCAACGUUCAACCUCUACCUAAAGUCGUACCCGAGUACAAACCCGAAGCGCCGGUCACCCGCAGAAGGGAGCCGCUACCUUACACCCUAUGGAGGGAAGAGAAAGAGUGCGCGCCGAGCUUCACCUUCCUGCUCAGACCUCGAGUCAUGCAGGAGCGCGACACCUGCAAGCUGCUGUGCUGCCUGAGCGGCAAGCCGUUCCCCACCGUCAAGUGGUACAAGGACAAGCGGGAGCUCAGCAAAUACGAGUACUCCAUGUCGCACUCCGACGGCGUCAUCACCAUGGAAAUCGUCGGAUGCAAACCGUCCGAUUCGGGCAAGUACACGUGCGUCGCGACCAACGAGCACGGCGUCGACGAGACCUCCUGCGUGGUCAUCGUGGAGGGCGAGACCAGCACGCCGGAGCAACACGAAAUGGCCAACAAACUGAUGUACUCCGGCGACAGGAAGUACAUCGAGCAGCCCAUCAAACCCGCACCGGCGCAGAUCACCAUCCGGAAGCCCUAUCCCAACGCUAACCCCAUUCAACCGAAAUCUAACAAUCCCAGCGCGACGAGCCUCGCGCCGAGAUCCAGCAAUCCGAGCGCUUCGAGCCUAGCUCGAUCGGGCUCCAACCUUAGCGUUGGCGAUGGAGACAGAAGAGCGCCCAGAAAGUAUGGAAGAUUAGACUCCACCGGAAGCCCCAACAGAUCCAGAAGCGCUACCAAAGAACUAGCCCUACCAGACGAUUCGACCAUGUACGCACCACAAUUCACGAAGACUCUAUCGGACUUGACGGUAAACGAUGGCGAAAGCUUAACGCUGACAGCGCACGUGAAAGGCGAUCCGGACCCGCAGAUAGUCUGGACGAAGAACGGAAAAGCCCUGAGCUCGUCGGAGGUGGUCGAUCUUAAAUACAAGAACGGAAUAGCGAAGCUGCACAUCAACGAAGUGUACCCGGAGGACGAGGGAGAGUACGUUUGCAAGGCGACCAAUUCGAUUGGGGCGGCCGAAACGAAAUCCAAACUGACCAUAAAACCCAUGGAAAACGCUACAAACGGCAAAAAGAAGAGUUCUGAGGACAAACCGCCGAGGAUAGUCGAUCAUUUGAAGUCGGCGUUCGUCGACGACGGUAAACCCGUGACGCUAUCGUGUCGCAUAAUCGGAGCGGACAAAUUCGACGUCGUAUGGUUGCAUAACAACAAGGAGAUCAAGCCGUCGAAAGAUUUCCAGUACACCAACGAAGCCAACAUAUACAAAUUGAUCAUCGCUGAAAUAUUCCCCGAAGACGCCGGCGCCUACACCUGCGAAGCAUUCAACGAUGCCGGCGAGAGCUUCAGUAGUUGUACGCUAAAUGUCCUUAUUCCAGGGGAACAGCCAAAAAGUCCCGUUUUCAAAACAUUCCCGAUUUCCGCCACGGUAUCUGAAGGAGAAUCAGCGACCUUCGUAGCAGAAACAGAAGACGACCCAUUGCAGAUAAACUGGUUGAAAGAUGGAAAACCGAUCAAGGAGAGCAGUGCCAAAUACAAUUUCACCGCUGACGGAAAACGUUACACCCUACAAAUCCUAUCUUGCAAUUCCAACGACAUAGGACAAUACCAAGCGAAGGCUAUUGGAAAGAAAGGAGAAACCUUCGCGGCCUUUUCAUUGAAUAUAGUAUCAUCUAGCGAGGUCCGACGCAUGCCCGACAUGUCAUCGGAGUCGAAUUCAACGAUUCUAGGAGGACCGCGAUUCCGGCUGGUCGCCCUGCUCUUGCUAGUUUAUAUAAGCCGGUGCUCGUGCGCUACGACAAACCGGAGAACCCAGCCGGCGCUCCAACAAGGUGCCAGACCCGCCACCGGAACCGACCGAAGGACCAUGGAACCAGCGUUCGCAAACGCCGGCCACCAGGCCGGCCUCGAGAUAUGGAGGAUCGAGGACUUUAAACCAGUACCUUAUCCCAAAAACCAGUAUGGCAAAUUCUACUCCGGAGAUUCAUACAUAGUUUUGAACACCAAAAUCAGAAACAGCGGAGCCAAAUCAUACGAUCUUCACUUCUGGUUGGGAUCAGACACUUCCCAGGAUGAAGCCGGAUCAGCGGCCAUAUUCUCGGUGCAACUGGACGACUCCCUCAACGGCGAGCCGAUCCAGCACCGCGAAACCCAGGAGCACGAAUCCCAGUUGUUCCUCUCGUACUUCAAAAACGGAGGCAUCAGGUACCUGCCCGGCGGCGUCGCGUCCGGCUUCCACCACGUCGAUCCCAACGCCUUCGUGAAGAGGCUCUUCCACGUCAAAGGCCAGCGCAACAUCAGAGUCAAGCAGGUCACGCCGACCAUCGCCUCCAUGAACACCGGCGAUUGCUUCAUUCUGGACGUCGGCAAGGACAUCUACAUCUACGUGGGCAACAAAGCUCGAAGGGUCGAGAAGAUGAAGGCCAUCGCCGCGGCGAAUCAGAUCAAAUCCCAAGAUCACGCCGGUAAAGGCAGGAUUACUAUAGUUGAUGAAUACAGCGGAGAAUCGGAUUACAACGAUUAUUUCAAAGCGUUGGGAGAAGGUUCGAGGGACAGCGUCCCGGACGACACAACCAGCGACGACGACGAAACCUACGAGAGAAACGAAGGCAAACUGGUGAGCCUCUACAAAGUAUCCGACGCUUCGGGCAGCCUUCAGAUCACGAAAGUGGCCCAGGGCAACCUCGAAGCCAGCAUGCUGGAUCCCAGCGAUUGCUUCAUCCUCGACACCACCGACGCGCUGAUAUACGUCUGGAUAGGGAGCAAGUGCGACGAGAAGGAGAAGCGCGGGGCCAUGAGCAAGGCGGACGCCUUCCUGCAGCAGCACAACCACCCGAAGUGGACGCACGUCCAGAGGAUCGUGCACAACGCCGAGCCGGCCGCUUUCACGCAGUACUUCAGGAACUGGCAGGCCGUCGGGGAGCUGCGGCCGCGCCUGCUGCGCUCCGUCAGCGACGGCGCCCGCCUCUAUCACUGCCACAUCAGGUCGCGCAGCCACAUGCUGAAGGUCGAAGAGAUCAAGAACUUCGAUCAGGACGACCUGUGGAACGACGAUAUAAUGAUCCUGGACGCCGACGACGCGGUGUUCGUUUGGGUGGGCAAAGGGGCAUCCGAGGAAGAGAGGAACAAAGGGCCUAAAUACGCGCACCGAAUGUUGGCUAAACACGGACGCGUGGAGGUACCGGUAAAGGUAAUCGAGCAAAACGAUGAGCCUGAGGAAUUUACCAAGCACUUCCCACAAUGGACUGCUGGUCACUGGGACAAUUUGCCCGAUGUUAGAGACCACAUUAGGAACGAUGAAGACUGAACAGUGGCCUUAUUAUUGGAUUAUAUAAUGUACAGAUUUGGCUUUAAUUGUUUGCUACAUGAACGAAUUUUACCGCUGUUAAUAUAAAUAAUAUUUUAUCAUAGAAUUUCAAAGUUUUAGUGAAACAGUUGCCGUUUCAUAUUUUUUCGAUAGCUUUUAAUUACUUGAGCACAUUUUAGACAUCAGGGAAUAAAUGGUCGCCUAAAGAAGACAUACUUUACAAUUUUUGACGAAUGUAUUUUGUAAUUAAAUGUUUUAGCUGAGCUAAUUAAAUAUAUUAAAUUACCCAA